UUUGCAUUAGACGCUCAGUCCACACAAAGCCCAAACAAAAAGCCCAAAGCCGAGCGAUGGGAGAUGUCGAUGCCGAGUUUGACAGCUUCUUCAUGGAGCUCGCUGAAGAAGAGCGGCGCUCUGCAGCAGUCGAAGAAGACAAGGCGGAAGACAACAAGCAUCAGGACGGCGAGCACAAGGCAGCGAGCGAGUCGACGAUGACCGCGACGACGACGACGACGACAACAGAACCAAGUGACCAAGACACGACAGAAGCCAAUGCAGGGCCAGAGAACGUAGCGACCGAUGGCGAGCAGCCGCAGCCCAAGACUACUGAGAGCGAGAACGAGACCAAGAACGAGAACGAGGCAGACGAGACAGAUGGAUGGACGCGCGUGCUCGAUCCAGCAACAAGCAAGGUGUACUACUGGAACACGAAUACACAGGCUGUAACGUGGAAGAUGCCAGAACCGCUCAAACGGAUUCGAGCCAAGCGAAAAGCGGCAGCUGCGAAUGCAAGUGUGCACUCGGCUGAACCACCGGCAACCGAAGAAGACCAGCAAGCGCACAGUGCCCAAGUAGUCAAGAGAAAGCUGGAGGAAGAUGCUACAGAGUCGACUUUGGAAGCAGCGCUCGAAAGCGAAGCAAGCAAGCGAGUCAAACUCGACGAUGGUUUAACUGCGAGCGAGCCGCCUUCCUCCAGCGCUCCAUCAACACCACCACCUGCUGCGCCGACCUCAUCAGUAACUACCAACGCCAUCACCGCCGCGACAGCACUUCCACCUGCUGUCCAAAUCGGGACUCCCAUUUCAGCCCAAGACAAGCAAACUCUGGAGCGAUUGUCCGGCACCAUCCUCGCCAAACUCGACUUCCUGGGGAUUAGCCUGAUGCGAUUAAACAAUUUGGAAGUGAAGCGCAUUGAAAUGCAGACGCGCCUGCACGAUCUCGAGCGCGGCGUGAUUGAUCCUGCCUACGUGCUCGGAACGGUCACGGUCAUGUCGCAGAUGCUGGCCAUGUACGAGCGCGACGCUGUGCCUGCAAAUUGGACGUGUGUAUGGGAGCCCAGUCUACAAAAGUACUACUUUUUGAACCAGGCCACGGGAGAAACGUCGUGGUCCUGUCCCGCGCCUGACGGCACAGUGCAGAGUAACGAUGUCGCUCCAGCUCCUCCGGUCGAGCCGCCACCAGAGCUCGAAGCCGUCCCACCGCCGCCUCCGCCCUCGUCGUCGUCGUCGUCGUUGUCGUCGUUUUCAUCCAGUCAUGCUUUGGAUGCUGCCACAGACACGAAUCUCCAAACGAAACAACCGCUCAAACAAGCGAAAAAGUCGUCUUCUGGAGCUGUACACCCGAGUCGCUCCAUCGCUGGCACUUCCAUGUCGCAGAAGAACUUUUCUGGGCUGGUCGCCAAAUGGACGGCGGCACGAGAACAAGCAGUCGAGGACGAGGAGCGCGAAGAACAACGCAAAUGGGACGAGCAGCAACGUCGCCAAUUGCUUGAAUCGCGACCCGAUCACAUGCAACAAGUCAUGAUGCGACGUGUGGAAAAGUGGAAGAAUGAGCAGCUUGAGCGUGGCUCGACGGAUAGUCCGAAUUUCGAACCGCUUGGAUCAAGUUGACAUCCCGAGUUGCGAAAAGCAGUUGGGCGUUGUCUCCAACCCAGAAUCGUUAUUUCAAUCGGAGAUGGAAAACACCGUUGUGUACGCUUGUUCUGUGUCACUGUCGAUGUUCUGGUAACAAAUCCCAUCAAUUCUGUUGAGAAACCAAAAGCAAGCCAAAAGCCUCCGACUGUCAACAUUCAAAUCGAUUCUUACAGCACUCGUUUCCAUUCAUUCCCGUUCACUAUCUCUAC